GAACCCUUUCUGAGGCAGCUUCAGGAAUUUUUUUUUUUUCUCUUUCACUCUUUCUCUCACACUCAUAUUACUCUUCCAACUAAUUUUUUAUUAAAACAAAAAAAGAGAAAGAAAGAAGGAUUUAUAUCAAAGAGUGGAUGGAAUUAUAUUCAAGUAUUAUAAUUUCAUGUCACCCGUUUAUGGAACUUUACCUUCUUUGAUGAAUGUAGAAAAACAGUCGAAAGUCAAGAACGAAAUCAACACCAUGAAACAAGAACAAGAAGAACCACUGGCGACAACAACUUCAACAGCAAUAUCUGCAACCAGUUUAACAUCAACAUUUGAAUCAGAAUUUGUCAUCCAUCGCCAAGCCAUUAAAACCGGUGAUUAUGAUAAAGCAAUUCAAAGCUUUGUUUCCCUACAAGCUAGUAGUAUGGACAACUCGAUCUUUCAAGAUUAUCUAAUAGAAAUAGCCAACAACAUUCAUCCUUCAAGAGAUACUGAAUUAUCUGGAUUCUUUGCAGCUUUACCAUGUCUAUUACAAUCUAAUAUCAUUGGCUAUGCAAAAGACCGAUUACAAUCUUCGAAAGAUUUAAAGGCAUUUCAAGUACUUUUUGACUAUAUCAAGGCUUAUCCUCGACAUGCAUACAAAUAUAUGAUGGAAGCCAUUUGUAUCCUAAUUCAAUUCACUCAAAUUGGAAGUCCAGACGACCGAGAAAAAUGCUCUCAUCUCUUAGUAACUGAUCUUCUUCCUCGAUUAUGCAAACAACGAUUACAAUUAACAUGCUCAGAAUAUCAAUCUUCAGUGAAAUCAACUGAUAGCAAACAUUAUAUCAUCAUACCAUAUACUUUAUAUGAAACGUAUAUUUCAAUUGGACAACAAUAUUAUAUUGGAAAACGACAAUGGGACGAACUUGCCAAAUUUACAUGCAUGAUGAUCUCUAGCUGUGGGUAUGAUGGAUUCGAUCAAUUACAUGCAGUAUCACAUACCAUUCGAUUUCAGUAUCUCAAAGAAAAUCGAUUAAAAGUCCGUAUUGAUGAUGAUAUUAUUACCUCAACUGAUAAUCGAACCAUACCUGAUGACGACGAAGCACGACAGUUGAAGAUAUCAGCAACUUUGAUGUGUGAAUAUAUGGCGGUAGUAUCUCAAUUUGUUAGUUUUGGAUACGAUUAUUACAAAGCAGUAUGUGGAGAAAAUGAAAUUCAUUCGUCAUCCUCAUCGACUUUGGAGAAGAGUUGUUUGAUUCCUAUCUGUUCUUUCCAGCCAUCAGCAAAAAGUACAAGUGGGAAUAAUCGAAAUGUGAAUAUCAACUCGAAUGACAAUAGUUUUAACAAGUCAACAACAACAGCAACAACAACUCCAAUAUCUCCUUCAUUGACAGACCUUACUCAUGGAAAUCAAAAACGACCUUUGGAAGCAUCUAUUGAAAGUGAAAACGGUACACAGCGUCAGAAGAAAGUGAAAUUGGAUAUGGCUACUCAUGUGGAUGAUCGCGGACAAGGAUUAUUUUCGGAUUGUUUAAAAGGCGUAGAUCAAGCAUUACAAAUUCUUAGUAAGGCAGCAGACUGUCUUCGUCAUUUGGUACAAUUGUGGCAAUGGGCGACAUUGAAUUCAACAAAACAUGAUUGGGCCGAUCAACUGAAAUCUUGGGAAGCAGAACUGAACCGUAUUAUCGAUGAAUAUCGCUUACCAUUUGAUACCAAGAAUGCUAUUUUACUUUUACAGAGUGACCUUGCCUUGUCUUCGCCAUCUGUCCCUGGAAACCUUGCUAAAGCAUUGGAAUUAUCACAAACCAUUUGUGAUAGAAUCGAAGUGGAACGUCGUAAAGGUCAAAAAUCAACUAGAAAUAAGGACGACUCCCCCGAAUUGAAUAUUCCAUUCAUGUUUGCGUUUCGUGUCCUUUACAAUAUUGCAGUGAUUUAUCUACUAGUUGGAAGUAUUCAGGAAUCGACUUUAGAAAUUGCCAUCAUCUUAUCCGUAUUCCCUAUUCCUAUUGAAUUGGAUGAAAAAGCCUUUAUAGCGGACGAAUUAGAUUGUAAUACCGUAACAACUGUGUUUCAAGAUCAUGAAUUUGGCCUUAUGCGGGUGAAUCAAGUUGGAUUGGUGACUCGAUGUAUCAAACACUUAGUGGUUAGUCUGGAUAAUGAAUCAGAACAAAAAGGUGGUAUGGCGUCUAUUGAUGCUGCAAUGCGAUGGGAUGAAAAAGCGGGAAAUAUGAUUGUAUUGAUGCAAUAUGGCUGGCCCUAUUGGAGAUCAAGAACUGGCAUGUGGAAUAAAAUUAUACAGCGUAUUCAAGAAAAACGAAUAUUUAAAAACAGAGAAUUUUUGGAAUAUGUCUAUGUGGAAGAUAUUCUCAAAGUGAUUCAAUCCAUCCAUGAUUCAGAAUCUGCCAUUCUAGAUAUUAUACCCCCAGAAUUCGCUUUACGUGCAAGUUAUCGACAUUUGGUGGCACCACAUACCGGAUCAACAAUACCACCAUCAAAUGAACAAGAUAAUCGACAAAAAUCCAAUACAUCGACAACGACAGAAACAAAGAAAGAUCAUGAUGAAGAUGACGAUGACGAUAAAGAUAGUACCAUCACUAGUACGACUACUUCAACAACUGGUGUGGCAAGAUUAGCGCCCCCACCUACAUAUCAACCUUCAUUUGCUAAUCGAGUAUUACCGAGUAUGUCAAUGUCACCUUCAUGGUAUGCAGCAUCUACACAGAAAAAUGAUUAUACAAGUUGGAUGUCGCCUUCAUUUUACUAUAGUCGACCAGCAACAUCCGUGGUAUUACCAAAAAAGCAAAAGGAACGCAAUGAAAGGAUGGAAUAUCAGCAACAAGAAGGAGAAGAAAUUGGCAAACAAGAACAUUCAAAUAAACAUAGAUUGAAUCAUGAGAAAGGACAAGAAUUGGAACGUGGAAUAUCAGAAUUACCAUCAUUUACACCACGAGAUAUUGUAUCAAGAUGUUUGGAUUAUCGACUACAACGAUAUUCACCCAAGGUCACACCACAACGAAUGCGGCAUGUAUUACAAAAGUUUUUGAAGAACAUGGUUCUAAAAGGAAAUGAUGAAUCUUAGUGAAAUAAUUAUUAUACCUUGUUUUGAUUUAUUUAUUUACUAGAAUAUUUUUUUUUUUUUUUACAAAAUAAAAGAAAUAAAAU